AAAAAUUAGAGGGAGCGUGGGGGGUGGCUCCCAGGACACCCAAGCCUCAACAUGAGCCAGUUAAGUGGCCAUUUCCUUCCAAAGCAUAAGCCCUGCCUGAGAGAGCUGCUCCAGGGAACUGCGGCCCAGCGGCGCCGUGCCCACGGCCAGAGCCGGCGGGGUCACACGCGCCGCAGGUGCGGGCUUCGGAGUCAGCCCGAUUUGCUGGGCAGGACCCGGCCUCCCCGGGAGCGGGCGCCCGGAACGUGCGGCAGGACUAGUUGGCUGCCAUGCUAAUGUUGCUUGCGUUUGGAGUGCUGCUUCAAGAAAUCCUGGCUAAUGCCCAAGAUGAAAAUCUUACUGAAAUCAAAAACAUUCCAGAAGUGCCAUUAUAUAGCUACAAAAGUAUCAAUGUACCAGAAGAGCAUAUUCCAUACUUUCUGCACAACAAUCGGCAUAUUGCUACAGUCUGUAAGCAGGACUCUCAUUGCCCAUAUAAAAAAUACUUGAAGAAUCUAAAAUCCUGCUGGGGCUAUGAGAGAUCCUGCAAGCCAGAAUACAGGUUUGGUUACCCGGUGUGUGAUUAUGUUGAAACGGGAUGGGCUAAUGACAUUGAGACAGCUCAGCAGAUAUUCUGGAAACAAGCUGACUUUGGUUAUGUUAAAGAAAGGUUGGCUGAAAUGAAAACCCACUGCAAGCCUAUAGCAAAGGGUGAUUCAUCUCUGGCCUGCUCACAGUACCUCCAGCAUUGUAGAGCGACAAACUUGUACAUUGAUUUAAGAACCAUAAAGCGAAACCAUGACAGAUUCAAGGAGGACUUUCUCCAGAAAGGAGAAAUCGGAGGCCGUUGUAACUUUGACAGUCAAGCAUUCAUGGCUGAAGGUCAGCGCAAGAGUCCCCUGCAGUCUUGGUUUGCCGAACUUCAGACAUAUACUCCACUAAGCUUCAGACCCAUAGAAGAUGGCAAAUGUGACAUUAUUAUUGAAAAGCCAACUUACUUCAUGAAAUUAGAUGCAGGUGUUAAUAUGUACCAUCACUUCUGUGACUUUGUCAAUCUUUAUAUCACUCAGCAUAUUAACAAUUCGUUCAGCACAGAUGUCAACAUUGUCAUGUGGGACACUAGCUCGUAUGGCUAUGGGGAUUUGUUCAGUGAGACCUGGAAGGCAUUUACUGACUAUCACAUAAUACACUUGAAAACAUAUGACUCUAAAAGGGUAUGCUUUAAAGAAGCAGUGUUUUCAUUAUUGCCUCGAAUGCGAUAUGGCUUAUUUUACAAUACACCACUGAUCUCUGGCUGUCAUGGUACAGGAUUAUUUAGAGCAUUUUCCCAGCAUGUGUUACACAGAUUAAAUAUCACACAAGAAGGACCCAAGGAUGGAAAAAUUCGCGUCACAAUACUUGCACGCAGUACCGACUACCGGAAAAUAUUGAACCAGAAUGAGCUUGUGAAUGCUUUGAAAACAGUAUCAGCGUUUGAGGUCAAAGUAGUAGAUUACAAGUACAAGGAACUUGAAUUUUCAGAGCAAUUGAAAAUCACACAUAACUCUGAUAUAUUCAUUGGAAUGCAUGGAGCUGGACUUACCCAUUUACUCUUUCUGCCAGACUGGGCUGUUGUGUUUGAACUAUACAACUGUGAGGAUGAACGCUGCUACCUAGAUUUAGCAAGGCUGCGAGGCAUCCGUUACAUUACCUGGCAAAAAAAGAACAAAGUGUUCCCUCAAGAUCAGGGACACCACCCAACACUGGGAGAACACCCAAAGUUUACUAACUACUCAUUUGAUAUGGAAGAAUUUAUGUACCUUGUGCUUUUGGCUGCCGAUCAUGUAUCACAACAUUCCAAGUGGCCAUUUAGGUGGCAAUAUGGGGGCAGAAUGUCGGUGGAGGGAGGAGACAGGAAGAGUAGCACAAUUGAGACCCCCCCCACCCCCAAAAAAUGAAAACUGGAUUUUUUAAAAAUGUUCAUGAAAAAAAUUAAAAUACAUCAUUUUUUUUCCAAAACUUGUGGUAUGAAAAUUAUUUUGAUUUUUUAAAAUUUUUUCCCCGGCUCUAUCUUUGGUCAGUAGAAUUAAUAAGAACUAUUUGGGAGAAAAGUAUUAUAGAAAAAGGAUUUAAUGGGUUAUGAGGGUAGUGUGAAAAGUCACCUGUUUUUGAAGUUGAUAUGUGUUCUGCCAUCAUCAUAUUCCAUGAUCUUUUGAGUUCAACCUUAUAUUGCUAUAGAGUACCAGUGAUCCAGUUUUAAUAUUCUGUGAUCUAGUUUUCCAUUCAUAGAUUCCAUUCUUUUAUUAACAAAAAUUCCAAAAAGAUUCUAAAACUCUUUUAAUUUUUGAAACAAAGCAUUACUCAAAAUAAUGAAAGUUGUAACAUUUUUGCUUUAACCAAGUAGGUGGGUUUUUCAGAGGUCUGCAGUAAUCCUGCUGACCGGCACUCAUUAUAAAUCUAUUUUACUUUUGUCCUUGAGCGGACUUUUGAUUUCCAAAUAGUUCCAAAGGAGAGUGCUUGCUUCAGAAUGCACUAAAGACUACAGCACUAGAUGGCACUAGAACUCUUCCAAAUGUCUCAUAUGAUUGUGGCUCUUUAAAUGGAAUCUCAUUAUAAAUGCAAAGAAUCGACUCAGAGGCAAGUACAAUAAAGCUACUCCUAGAGAUGAUGAUGAUUUUUGUUUUCCCCUCUUCCUAUUUGUAGAGACAAAUUGUCUGAAAAAAUAAUCUGGACAGUCUUCAGAUUGAAGUGUGGUGUUCCUCAGAUGCUGUAACAUCUGAAUUUUUUUCAUUUCUUGUUGCCUUGAUGAAAAAACUUAGCUGGGCUUAGAAAACAAUUUUCAAUGAACUUUCUAGCACUCCUUUAUUUUCUUGUGAAAGGGCAUGUAGUACUAAACCACCACUUUUUAGCACUUAACACAUUUCCUGUUCUGCUUGGAGGCCUCAUUUCCAUUUAUGCCACAGCGUUACCUAGCUUGCAUGAUCCAUUAUGUAUCAUCAACUACAUAAUUAUCACUACCACUUAGUUCGGUAGGGAUUGUGCUUGAUGAAUGUGCACUUGGCGUGGUUGGGUUUAGAAAUGAGGGCCGACUUUCACUCACAAAUCAGAGUGAAAAGACUGCAGGACGGAACUCUUGCCCGCAUGGUGGUUUUAUUAUGAGGCAGCAGUAACUGAGUGGAUUCAUAUUUGAAGAAAGAUACUUGGAUGGAUUUGUGCUCUUCUUCAGAGAAGCUUGGGUAUGGGGAACCUGCAGUAGGAAGGAAAAGGAUUAAAGUAAAAUUAACAUAUGCACCUUGACCCUGUAGGGUGUUGGUUACCUCCUGGGGGGUGCAGAAUGUUCACAACUCCCACUUAUUGUUUAUAAAAGUCAUUGACAGCUGAGAUAUCUCAGCACUUGGUACGAUCACGCUCAGAACUUUCUUUAGCUGAACGAAAUAAAAGUAAUGAAAGACAAGGGGGUCAUUAUUUUAAUCAAAGGCAAGAUGGGCCAAAACAAGGGUAGGCGUCUUUCAUAAUACAGCGUAAGCAUUGUUAGGAGGUAGAUGUUAUGGCCAAAAUGUUCACAAUUAGGGUGACAUCAGGCACCGGCACUGAGAUUUCCAAAAACAGCCGAAGGGAGUGAGGCAUUUAAAUUGGAAAGAAAUUCAAAACCUAUUCCCUUGUCAGUAACACAAAUGCUACACCUUUGGGUUAUACGCAGAAAGCAUGAAGGGAUCACCGAUAUGCAGAAAGAGCAGUCUGCACUUAGAGUACAGUGUAACACACACAAAAAAAAAAAAAAAUCCAGCACAUUUUGCAUAGUAUUCAUGAAGAAAUUUAGCAUGAUAUGAGUCAGUCCCUUUUCAUCCAAUGAAGACAGUAACUUUAACAUUAUCCUUUCUUGGCUGCUGUAGUCUAACAGGUAUUUGGAUGCAGCACACUCACUGGAAGGGGAUUUAUUGCCAGCCCUCCCUUAGUAGCAACAGGAGGGAGGCAGAGUUCAUUUGGGGGGCUACCUAGCUGGUCAUUGAUUUGGGUUAUUUAGUUUGGAUGCUGAAUGCCGUGGGCCAGAGUUCUUUUGCUAAGUUGUGCUUGCUCUUUGAUUAUCAUAGCUCUGAGCAUUUGGGGGGCAGGUAAAGUAUACUGUUUGCUAAUUUAUAGCAGGCAUGGAGACCAAACAUUGGCUUGUCUGCAGCAAGGGAAGGUCGUUCCCAGGGCACAGUGGCAGUUGUAUAUUUUGUGCAUAGGGUAUGCUCCUCAAGACGCUCUGGGAGUUAUUGUUUUCUCCUGGUGAUUACAGGAGUUAGGCCUGAAAGGGGCAGAACUUGGCAUGAAAUGGCGAGGCUACCUUGAGCAGAUUCUCACCAGGUGUCUAUCGUGAUAUUUCCACUUAUAUCCAUGAAACUGCACCUAUCUUCAUCAAGUGAGGGACUAGCCUUGAUUAUUAAUCCAUUUGUAUUUGGGUUUGAUGAACAUUCAUUUGCAACUUUGGUGGAGGCUUUAGGUGGGGGUUCCUGUUUUGAUAAGUUUUGGGGCCUAAUGAUAAUUGCAGGAUGGAUUUUAAUUGUCUGUAAUGUUGAAACUUACUAAUAAAGAUGCAGCCUCCUUCUCCUGCACUGUGCUGCUGCCCACUGAUUCAUUUCGUGGGGCUUAUCCGUGAACAGAGAACUACCAUCUGUUAGGUGAUAAAGGAGCAAGGUGUGUGCAUGACAAUGAUUGUCAUUGGACAUCAUUCAUUAUUCCCUCAAGAAUGUAGAGUGUUGGUCAAUAAAAAGGCAUGUUUAUUGA